AUGACAUAUGUGCAUCCUGCAAGAUACAGCAGACACUGUGUCAAAGAAGAAGGUGAAGAAGAUAAAGUUCCUAAGGAUGUUCCCAAAGGCCAUUUGGUGGUCUAUGUUGGAGAGCACUGCAGGCGCUUCAUCAUUGAUCUUGCCUUCCUGCAACACCCUCUGUUCAGGGGGUUGCUCGAGCUAGCUCAGGAAGAGUUUGACUACCUAAGCCCUGGUGGCAAGCUCUGCAUCCCAUGUGACGAAGCCAUCUUUCUUGGCAUUCUACAGCAUGUUAGAUCAUGGCAACGCAUGAGGGUGUGCACACUGUGCUGCCUGUAA